CGCCGCCGCGCUCGGAUCAGUCCACCUUCUGUAUUGUCUCCGACUGCGACAGCGCAGUGUCUCUAGUCUCUAGGUCACUCAUAACAUUUCAUGUCGUCCCCAGCUUCCCACCUGUGCGCAAUACAGUGACCCGACGGCUCCGUCAGUCCAUUUCCUCUCGUCACUACAUAUGCCGUCGCGAUUCUAGAUGUCUUCAUAUUCACCGAGACGAAAGCAACCAUACCAUCACCAUCAUGUCAUGCGACACAAGGCACAGUCUGUGCCUACGCAAGAACCGGCGCUGGUUGAACAAGAGAUAGUCGACGAGUUGGUUUCACAAUGUGUCAAGAGGAUAUGCAUAGGAGAAGCGGCAAAACAGGAUAUUACAAGCCCUCUGAUCGAGCCUGCCGCUCUCGAAUCACUCAUGGCGUUGUUGGAAGAAUACAUGCUCAAAAUUCUCUCCAUGGUCCGUCGAUCGAUGCUAGCCGCCCGACGAACAGUCCCAAUCGCUGCCGACUUUGACACAGCAAUCGACGUACUCGACGUUCCCCGACCCGAUGACCAGCUUAGACCGUAUGCUUCUCAGCCGUCUGUCAAUAGGCCCCUACUACCUACUCCUCCCCCCGAGGAUGUGUUCCAUAACACUGUCGAGCUUCCUGCUACCUUCCUCGGGCCAGAGUUGGACGGUCAUGGCGAACUCAAGAAGUUCUCUUUCAACACCCGGGUCCUGCCGGAGCUGCCUUCUGCGCAUACGUUCAAGGAUACGCCUGUGUAUCCUUACCGCGAGAAUGAUACUCGGAGAAUCAGAGAGUUAGCAACAAAGGAAGGCAAGCUGGGUGAGCAGGCGUUGCGGAAGUUGGCCGGCGCAGUCAAGCUUGAUGCGACGCAUCCUCUUGAGUUGGAGGCCACGAAACGAAGAUCCAAGAUCACACAGCGAAAACGCUGGAAGGACACCGUCGAUGUCUCGGAAGAAGCUGUCUUCGAGGAGACGUUACGAGAUCUUCUGGCGAAAGAGCCUGGAGGAUUUGAGCUGGGACCGAUUGUGACUUGCGAAAAGUCGUAUCGAAUGCCAGAUGAUGUGCAGGUGAAGAGGCGCGCGGCAGUAAACGAGGCCGGCUCGACUCAACCUGCGAGGGUGAUGCAUUCCUCCUCGAACCUGGAGUUGUUUUGAGGUCAGAUCUCGUGUUUUUGAUAGCGUUGGCGUUGGUGGUCGGCAAACGCAUAGCAGAUAUGCAUAUGAUACCCAGUGCGAGGCUCAUUCUCCGGACCAGAAAUACUCCUUAUAUCUAGCAAAGGCGCUUUUCGUUAGUUCUGUGUCGACAGUACCUUCUUCUUUGUUGCUCAUCCCGGCCGUUGGUCGUGAGCUCGUCAGCGGCUUCCAUGCGUUCUGGCCUUCCCACGCUGUGGUUUCUACGUGAAAGACCUUGCCCUUCUUCUCGCACCUGCAAUAUUCGUCAGA